AUGGAUGGAAUUAUGUGCAAGUCGAACAAUGAAAAAGAAUAUAAAAGCAAUAAUGAUAUUAACAAUGGUUAUGGUAAUGUGGCUACGGCUAUUUGGUUAGAUGGUCCUAGAUGGAGUUGGAACGAAGAAAUUUUAAAAUGGCAAAGAACCGGUGAAACUAUAGUUGCGCUUAAAAUAAUGGAAAAAACCAAAAAUAUUAAUUCAGAUUAUUUUAACGAGGCCGAAAAGAGACGCAUGAUUAUGUUACGACAACGUGAACAAGCUCUUAUUUCUAAAAUGAAUGCUAAAUAUGCUAAAUUGGAAUUACAUAGCGGAAAUGUUAAUGUAAAUGAAUUACAAAAAGUUCAUCAACAAGCUUAUUAUUCAAGUCGACCGAUACCAAUUGUAGUCACCUCACCAAGAAUAUCAGACUUUCAUUAUUAUUAUGAUGGUGGUAAACCUAAAUCAACAACGGUAACAAAAACUACGGGCGUAGGAAGCGAUGAGACAUCGUAUCCAUUACAUGUGUCGAGUGAUUCUUGUUCAACACAAUCACUUAGAUUAGCUCCACCAGCAUCUUCAACCAAUUUGGAGAAAAGUGUCAUCAAUACUACAAAUUCUUAUGGUAUUCAUGAUACUUUUCGCUUUGGUCCAAAAUCUAUUGAAAGUGAUAUUUCACCAACUCAUCCACUUGAAAAUAGAUUAAAAUAUUGGGAAGAAACACAAAGUAAUUUGAAACUUACAUUACAUCGAAAAGUUUAUGGACUUCAUGCGCCAAUAAGACAACUCAUGGAACGAAGCAUUGUAUCAAAGGUACAAAGAUUCCCAGUUUUAGAAUCUUCUAAUCUUGGAUUAGAUAUUUUAAUGGGUAAAGAUGAAACAAUUGAUUUUGAAGAUUUCUUGAAUGAUCCAAGUCAAUCAACAGAUAUGAUUGAUAUACAUUCAGCAAUGGAACAUAAAUAUAACAUCAAAUUAUAA